AUGAAGGGCACAGUUUUCGCAACCUUUCUCGCCGCCUUCUCGGCCGGCGCCUUGGCCCACAAGGGCAGCUACGAUAGCCCUACUGAAACCACCGGUGGCCAAUCCGGAGGAAAGACCGGCGGCAAAUCUGGUGGCGGCGGUGGAUUCGGACUCCCUGGCUCCGGUAGCGGCAGCGGCAGCGGUGGUCUUAGCGGCAUUCUUCCCACUGGGCUGCCCAUCGGAGGCGGCAGCGGGGGUGGAAUUGGCGGCCUUCCAGGCGGUAUUGGUGGUGGUAGCGGUGGCCUGAGUGGCCUUCUCCCCACUGGACUGCCCAUCGGAGGAGGUAGCGGGGGAGGUAGCGCAGGUGGCAUUGGUGACAUCCUUGGCGGUGGCAAAGGCAACGUUCUCCCUACUGGGCUUCCAAUCGGCGGUGGCAGUGGAGGAGGAUAUGGAGGUGACGAUAGCGGCAGUGGCAGCGGCGGCAUUGGAGGUAUUCUUCCUACCGGUCUUCCCCUUGGCGGUGGAAGCGGCCUUGGAGGUCUCCCAGGUGGAAGCGGCAGUGGCAGUGGUAGCGGCGGCAUUGGAGGCAUUCUCCCCACCGGCCUCCCUGGUGGUGGUGAGGGCGGUAUUGGCGGUCUCCUAGGAGGUGGCGGUGACAAGGGCCUCGUUCUUCCCACUGGCGGAAGCGAGGGAGGCAUCGGUGGCCUUCUUGGUGGUGGUGGAAAUGGCGGCAUUGGCGGUGCCCUUCCUACCGGCCUUCCUAUCCCGGGUAUUGGCGGCAGUGGCAGCGGAAGCGGAAGCGGAAGCGGCGGCCUUCCCAUUCCCGGCAUCGGAGGCAGCGGUAACGGAGGAAGUGGGGGCAUCGGCGGCAUCAUUCCCACUGGCCUCCCCAUUCCCGGAAUCGGCGGUAGCGGAAGCGGCAGCUCUCCCUCCGGCUUCGAGACCCGGAUCCGCACCACCACUGACAGCGGCGAUGGUUACAAUGCUCCCGCUGCUACCCCGGCCCCUGAGGAUUGGUAA